AAAAUUAUAUUAAAAACACUCUUCUCACUACCAAGACAAUUAUAGUUAGUGUAUUUCAGGAGCUAUUAUUUGAACUGAAUCCUUAAAAAUGAGUAGGAGGUAUUGGUAAAUUUCUACUCCUUAAGCUGUGGGUGGGAACCUUGUUGCCUUUAAAUUGUUCUUUAUAAUGUAUAUAUACAUUAAAUGUACUCUCUUAUUUGUAAACUAUUUCACAAUUAAAAGGUAAAUAAAUAUCUAGUCAAGGGGCGCCUGCCUGGCUCAGUUGGAGGAGCAUGUGGCUCUAGAUCUUGGGGUUGUGAGUUUGAGCCCCAAGUUGGGUGUACUUACAAAUAAAAUCUUCAAAAAUAUAUGUAUAUAAUAUCUAGUCAAGGAUUUGAGGAGGGCUGGUGUAGAUAUUUCAGUUGUCACUAAAUUUUAACUUGCAAGAAAUGCUGAUGAUAAAACUGGAAUCAUAGUCCUCUAGUUUUGUUUUGAAAAAAAAUUUUUAGCGUCUAUUUUGAGAGAGAGAGUUCAAGCAUGAGCAGGGGAGGGUCAGAGAGAGAGAGAACCUCGCAUGGACAGCACCGAGUCCAAUGCAGGGCUCAUACUCACGAAUUGUGAGAUCAUGACCUGAACUGAAAUCAAGAGUUGGUCGCUUAACCAACUGAGCCACCCCGGUGACCUAUGUAUUUUUAGUGUUUUAAAUUGCAAGAAGUUGCAUAAAAUCACAAAAGUGGAUUAUAAAAUUUUUUUAAUGUUUUUAUUUAUUUUUGAGACAGAGCAUGAGCAGGGGAGGGGCAGAGAGAGAGGGAGACAUAGAAUCUGAAGCAGUCUCCAGGCUCUGAGCUGUCAGCACAGAGCCCGACGCGGGGCUCGAACUCACAGAGUGUGAGAUCAUGACCCGAGCUGAAGUCGGAAGCUCAACCGACUGAGCCACCCAGGUGCCCCUAUAUAAGUGGAUUAUAAAAAUCAAUAGGCCAUGGUGGUGUUAAACUGAAAAAACAAAACUGCCAGUUAUUUCACCAGCGAAAACAGGUUUAUUCAGGAAUAGCAGAGAAUUGUAAUCCAUGACAAGCAAGCUACAGCAAAACCAUAGGCAAGUUCAACAAAGGAAAGGAAUGUUAUUUUAUGGAGAAGAAAGAGGAAGUUGGGAGGAGUUGUUCUGAACAUGAAUCCACUGGAAAGAAACAAGAGUUUAGGUGAUGAUGGUUUCUCUUUGGCUGAGUUGCAGGGGUAGUUGAUUUAUUGUAGGAGAUGCAAUCAUCGUACAUCCUUCUCUGUUGGAGCCUGUAUUUGAUGAUUCUCUUCUGUUGCUAUUCUUCUGUUAUGCGUCUAUAAUUGACAAUUCUGCCUGUAAUUGACAUAAAGUGGAAUGGUUCCCCCUUCCAGCCUUCCCUUCUAAUAUCCUCUGUCUACUGUAGAGGUUUCCCUUUAUUAAUUUUCACAGUGGGCACAGAAAUCCUGAUGAAUACAGAUUUUAAAAAUGAAAUGGUAUCUGAACGAAUAUAAGCAAUUAGAGAUCAACUCAAGUUUCAGCCUCACCCAAAGAUUUAAAAAAUGUUAUCAUUAGAGGAAUGAAUGUCAUUUACAUUCUGGAAAUGGAAAAACAGUUUAUAACCCUGUUGAUUAAGGUACUACAGACAAUGCAAGGUUUAAGAUUUUUUUUUAGUGCUGGGGUUUGCAUCUAUUAUAUUGUUAAGUGUCAGCAGGGAGAAGACUGAUGACUUCCCUGAUGACUCAGGGACCUCUUCUGAGUAACCAACAAUUCAUCUGGUCUAAUUUGAACUGCCAAAGGUGCUAUCUAGUACUUAGUAAAUGGUUCGAGUAAAAAAUGUAUUAACAGAGGAGAUUGGCUAGCUCAGUCGGUUAAGCUUGGGACUCUUGAUUUUGGCUCAGGUCAUGGUCUGGUUUGUGGGUUCGAACCCUUCAUGGGGCUGUGCGCUGACAGGGCCAGCCUGCCCCGAAUUCUUGCUCAUUCUUUCUGCUCCUCCCGCUCUCCCUGCCCACCCCCCAGGCAAUAAAUAAAUAAACAUUUUUAAGAAUGCAUGAACAAAUUAAGCCAAAAUCAAAUAAAGUCUGAGUUAUGACAGAGCGUCAAGGAAAGGCGGGAAGGGGGUGGUGUUUUCCAGAUAGAUGAUGGGUCAGGCAGAAGCAACAAUAGACGCAAAGAGAAAGACAUUCGGGAACAGCAGGAAAACUGGUGUGACUGGAGGGAAAUGGAACCUCAACUGGCCAGAAUGUGGUACUGCUGGAGUAUCCGACCCAGAAGUCUCUCUGCUCUUUCCCUCUCCACCUCCCUCUUUGGUUCCCCUUUCCCGCUCCUAGCUGGCACCGCCCCCUGGAAAAAGCAAAGGCGGAGGCAGAGCCUCAAGCGGUCAUCUCUCCGCCCCUUCCUAAAGGCGCGUGGGGCUGCUGGCGCCGCUUGAUGACGUCACGGCCAUUGACAGCGAGAGCCCGCGGCCGUGGCUGCUGUCCCCGUGGUUCCGAGCGGUCGGUGGCUCACGUGGGCUGCAGAUGAAGCAUGUCUAGACUGGGGGUCUUGGGCGGCGCCCAGGCCGGAUUGGGACUGUUGCUGGGCACCGCCGCGGGCCUUGGAUUCCUGUGUGCCCUUUACAGCCAGCGGUGGAAACGGACCCAGCGCCACGGCCACAGCCAGAGCCUACCUAACUCCCUGGACUACACACACACCUCAGAGCCCGGACGCCAGGUGAGGCCUUUGCGGGCAGUCCCAGGCGAGGCUGGAGAUGGUGCAGUGCUGCCCAGCCUUCCACGAGAAGGGCAGGAGGAGGUGCUGGACCGCCUGGACUUUGUGCUCAGCAGCCUGGCGGCCCUGCGGCGGGAGGUGGAGGAACUGAGGAGCAGCCUGCAGGGGCUUGCCGGGCAGAUUGUUGGAGAGGUCCGAUCCCACAUGGAAGAGAGCCAGAGAGUGGCUCGGCGGCGGAGAUUCCCUUUUGCCCGAGAGAGGAGUGACUCUACUGGCUCCAGCUCUGUCUACUUCACGGCCACCUCAGGAGCCACAUUCACAGAUGCUGAGAGUGAAGGCGGGUAUACAACGGCCAACGCUGAGUCAGACUACGAGCAUGACUCUGACAGGGAAAGUGAUGACGGGGAAGACGAAGUGAGCUGUGAGACUGUGAAGAUGGGAAGAAAGGAUUCUCUGGACUUGGAGGUGGAGGUGGCUUCAGGCCCAGCGGCCAGAGCCCUGGAGGCUGGAGGCUCCCCUGGCCUGGAGGAUGUGCUGCCCCUCCUGCAGCAAGCCGAUGAGUUACACCAGGGCAAUGAGCAGGGCAAGCGGGAGGGUUUCCAGCUGCUGCUCAACAACAAGCUGGCGUAUGGAAAUCAGCAGGACUUUCUCUGGCGUCUGGCCCGGGCCUACAGUGACAUGUGUGAGCUCACUGAGGAGGUGAGCGAGAAAAAGUCAUAUGCCCUAAAUGGAAAAGAAGAGGCAGAGGCUGCUCUGGAGAAGGGGGAUGCGAAUGCUGAAUGUCACCAGUGGUAUGCAGUGCUUUGUGGUCAGUUGGCUGAGCAUGAGAGCAUCCAGAGGCGCAUCCAGAGUGGCUUUAGCUUCAAGGAGCAUGUGGACAAAGCCAUUGCUCUCCAGCCAGAAAACCCUAUGGCUCACUUUCUUCUUGGCAGGUGGUGCUACCAGGUCUCUCACCUGAGCUGGCUAGAGAAAAAAACUGCUACAGCCUUGUUCGAAAGCCCUCUCAGUGCCACUGUGCAGGAUGCCCUCCAGAGCUUCCUAAAGGCUGAAGAACUACAGCCAGGAUUUUCCAAAGCGGGGAGGGUAUAUAUUUCCAAGUGCUACAGAGAACUAGGAAAAAACUCUGAAGCUAGACAGUGGAUGAAGUUAGCCCUGGAGCUGCCAGAUGUCACCAAUGAGGAUUCAGCUUUCCAGAAAGACUUGGAAGAAUUGGAAGUAAUUUUAAGAGAAUAAUCAUAUUUCAGUGGCCUUCAUGACUUGAGGAAGACUGCCCUGCUUAUUAGAUCAGGAAUCUAAGACUGCUUAAGUGAGGGUCCUGACUCCCGAGCCUGACUGGUAUCUAUAACCAUUCCCCAAUUUCUUCCCUUGCCCACUGGUUAAUUUAUUCUAAUCCCUUAUCUAAUCUGAAAUUGGGGAAGUACUUGAGGCCUGGAUUUCUGUAGUUCUCUUAAGUGAAUUCUUGAAAAACCAAGACUAGCACUGAAGGCUGCCUUUAGCCUGUGAGUGGAUGAAGUUCAAAGAGCUAUGGGAACAAAACACAGAACUUGUACUCUCUAAUCUUUUCUACUGAUU